AUGCGGAUGAGCUGCAACGGCUGCCGCGUCCUGCGCAAGGGCUGCAGCGACGCGUGCACCAUCCGGCCCUGCCUGGGGUGGAUCAAGUCCCCCGAGGCGCAGGCCAACGCCACCGUCUUCCUCGCCAAGUUCUACGGCCGGGCGGGGCUGCUCAACCUGCUGGCCGCGCCGCCCGCGGGCCAGGACCACCUCCGCCCCGCCGUGUUCCGCUCCCUGCUCUACGAGGCGUGCGGGCGCAUCGUCAACCCGGUCUACGGCUCCGUCGGCCUGCUCUGGUCGGGCCAGUGGCAGGCGUGCCAGGCCGCCGUCGAGGCCGUGCUCAAGGGGGACCCCGUCGUGCAGGUCGACGCCGCGUCCGAGGCCGCCGCGGCACCGCCGCUGCUGCUCGGCGGCCGCAGGUACGACAUCCGCCACGUCGCCAGGGAUCCCGACGCCGCCUCCGCGGCCGAUCUCCUCCUCGUCGCGCGCGGCGGCCGCGGACGCAACCGCAAGCGCGCCUCUUCGUCCUCUACCUCCUCCAAGCCCAGCAGCAGCAAGCGCGUGUCGCCCGGCAAUAACAACGAUCCUUCCAGGCAAAGGCCAGGACAAGAGGCGGAGGAGGAGCCAGUGCCGGUGCCGAUGGUCGUUGAGCACGACCACGGGCACGACGAGGAGUCCGCCGGCAGCCACGACGACGACCACCACCACCUGCAAGCGCAGCAGGGGUCGGAGGACACCGACGUGGAGGCGACGUCCCACUCCCACUCCCACUCCCACGUGAGCCAAGCCGAGCCCGAGCCGCAGAGCCAUGCGCCGCCAGUCAGCAGCAGCCAGCAGGCUGAUCAGGACGACGAGGAAGAGGAGGUUGGGCUGGAGCUCACGCUCGGGCUGGAGCCGCUCGUCAGGCAGAGGCAGCAGCCCAAGUCUUCGCGCUGCGACCACAGCGGGCUGAGCGCCGCAUCGAGCCUCAUCUGCCUGCGCCUGCAGCUGCCGGCCUGA